GAAACGUGAACGUGAACGACGAAUCGGCAGGUGACGUUCUGUAAGAGGCGGAACGGAUUGCUGAAGAAAGCAUAUGAACUGUCUGUGCUUUGUGAUGCUGAAGUCGCUCUUGUUGUCUUCUCCAGCCUUGGCCAUUUGUAUGAUGCAGAGCAUCGAGCUCCUCCGUGGCUUAAUGGCGCCCACUAGCUAGGGCCACCGUAAUUCCUCUCCAGAAGAAACCUUCACUUCCGUUCUUCCUUUCAACUUCAACGAUCUUGGAUAGCACUGAAUAUCCUGUUAUCGUUUGGAAAGCAGUUGGUCUAACCAUGAUAUGGUCGAGGCUAGGUAGGAGAAUCCAUCUCUCACCAUACUUUAGGACUUUGCAAAAUGCCUCUCCUGAAUCCAGGUGCCUAUCUAUUGUUUCUGAAGUAUCAAGUUACAAGUCCAUUAGUUGUAAUAUUGGGUUCCAACAUUUUUUCACUUCUACAAGACAAUUGUCAAAGCUUGACCAGGAAUUGAGUACAAAGUCAUUCCAUCAGUGUUUUCACUCAUUGGCCUCUGCUUCACAGAAUGUUAGAAGUUCAGGUGCUACAUCCGGUGUUAGACAUUUUUCGUCUCAUGCGUCCAAAGAAAAGAAAUCACAAAAGAUGCUCUUAUAUUUGACUGGCUUGGUUUUUGGAAUGGUCGGAGUCACCUAUGCUGCUGUUCCCUUGUACAGGAGAUUUUGUCAAGCAACUGGAUAUGGGGGAACUGUUCAAAGGCGUGAGACUGUUGAAGAAAAGAUUGCACGACAUGAUAAAGAGAAAACAGUUGCCACAAGGGAAAUUGUAGUGCAGUUCAAUGCUGAUAUUGCUGAUGGCAUGCCAUGGAAGUUUAUUCCUACUCAAAGAGAGGUAAGAGUCAAGCCUGGAGAAAGUGCCCUUGCAUUUUAUACGGCUGAAAACAAAAGUUCCACUCCAAUAACUGGUGUUUCUACAUAUAAUGUCACUCCUAUGAAGGCUGCAGUGUACUUCAAUAAAAUACAAUGCUUCUGUUUUGAGGAGCAGCGGCUUCUUCCUGGGGAGCAGAUUGACAUGCCUGUAUUCUUUUACAUUGACCCAGAAAUUGAGACCGACCCUAGAAUGGAUGGUGUCAAUAACAUAAUAUUAUCAUACACUUUCUUCAAGGUUUCUGAGGAGUGAGAUCUCUUGAAUGUUUACAUGAGAUUCAAAUAACAAGCUUGCUACUUGCUACGACUCAAGGCAAACGAUGCUUAGCACAUCCAUGAAGCUCAAGAUAUGAUUACAUAUUUCUGGUGAUUUGUGAAGGACUGAACUUCGUUUGUAAUUCAAAUUCAAAAUAAAGAUGAAAUUACCUUUUCUCCCAUAAGUUUGCGAAGUUCUUGAUCGUUUCCAGAAGGGCUGUUAGAAAACUUUUCCGAUCAAGUUUUGAACAUUUGAGUUACCAGGGCAUGAGGUUGUGAAUUACACUGAAUCUAUUGUCUAAAUUGUAUUUGUAUCAUUCAGUAUCACUUUGCAUUAUUAGUCACUUGUAGAACAGUUAAGAUAGUUCAAUAUCUUG